AUGGCCGAACAAGAACAAGCUGAGCUUAAAGAUACUAAUCAAAUUGAAUCAGAUGUUGAUCAAACAACUAAAUCAACACAAAAAAAAACAAAGGACAAAGUAACACCUGUAGCAGCUUCUACUGCUGCAACGACUGAUGUACCUGAUGGAAGUGGACAAAAUAAUAAUGCACGCUCAACAGAAUCAGUACAAAGUUUAUUAAAAAAAAUCGUUCUAGCUGAACAAGCUAGUGUUGCUAAUAAUAGUCGAAGUGCACCAAAAUCUGAUGAAGAAGCUGCAUCGAGACAAGAAUGGAAAUUUUGGCAUACACAACCUGUACCAAGUAUUGGAACAAGAGUAACAUCAGAAAAUAAUGGACCUGUAGAACCAAACAAACUUCUUGAAGAACUCAAAGCAGAACCAUAUAAAUUACCAGAUGGAUUUAUAUGGGAUGAUGUUGAUAUACUUGAGGAUGAACAAUUAAAAGAAUUAUAUGUUCUUUUAAAUGAAAACUAUGUGGAAGAUGAUGACAAUAUGUUUCGUUUUGAUUAUUCAAUGCCAUUUUUACGAUGGGCUUUAUGUGCACCAGGAUGGAUUCGAAAAUGGCAUGUAGCUUUGCGUGUAACAAAAAGUCGUAAAAUGGUCGGUUUUAUUAGUGCUGUACCAAUUAAAAUGAAAGUUUAUGACAAGGAAGUUCAAAUGGUUGAAAUCAAUUUUUUGUGUGUACACAAAAAAUUACGUUUGAAACGUAUGGCACCUGUUUUAAUUAAAGAAAUAACUCGACGUGUUAAUUUGGAAGGUAUCUUUCAAGCUGUUUACACAGCUGGUGUUGUUCUACCAGGUAUUGUUGGUAAAUGUAGAUAUUGGCAUCGAUCACUCAAUGUCAAAAAAUUAAUAGCUGUUAAAUUUUCUUAUUUGGGCAGAAAUAUGACAUUACAAAGAAUGCAAAAACUCUAUCGAUUACCCGAAGAAACACAUGUAAAAGGUUUUCGUGUAAUGCGUGAAUCGGAUGUUCCACAAGCUUUUGCUCUGCUUACUCAAUAUUUAAAACAAUUUGAUUUGUCACCUGUAUUUACUCAAGAAGAAUUUGAAUAUCUAUGCCAAAAUCGUUCAAAUAUUGUUAGCUCAUUUGUUGUUGAACAAGAAGAUGGUGAAAUAACAGAUUUUAUAUCUUAUUAUCAUUUAUCAUCAACAAUUAUGAGUCAUCCACAAUAUAAAACAUUAAAUGCAUGUUAUAUGUAUUAUUAUGCUGCAAGUCGUACACCACUUCCUGAUCUUGUUAAUGAUUGUCUUAUACAUGCACACAAUAAUGAUGUCGAUGUAUUCAAUGCACUUGAUGUAAUGGAUAAUAAAGAAUUUUUAGAAAAACUUAAAUUUGGUGUUGGUGAUGGAAAUCUUCAAUAUUAUAUUUACAAUUGGAAAUGUCCACAAAUGAAUCCCGAAAAGGUCGCAUUAUUACUACAAUAA